UGUAGUCCUUUUUUCUGUAUUGUUGAGUGUUCUUAAAAAGACAUUUCAUUUCUCCUAAACAAAUUUAUUUCUUAACUCUGUAGCUUUAACUCUCUCCAACUCCCUGUCAUCAUCCAUUCUUACUACUGGUACUACUAGUACCUUAAAAUCCAUUCCAUGGAUAAUACUGAUACACAUCAACACGAAAAUCGCAUAGUAACAGGUGCAGCAGUGAAUUCGCCACCGGUGCUUUCAGCGUCGUCUUCACCAUCACAUGAAUUCUCAUUUACAAUCUCAUUGGAUUCCUCAGUGAAAACCACCACGAAAGCAUCGUUGUCGCCUUCUGUAACAGAAAAAACUAAGCAGCAGCAGCAAGGUCCAUUAGCUAUUGAUUUAUCUCCUGCAGAUGAAAUCUUUUUCCAUGGUCAUUUACUUCCUCUUCACUUCCUAUCCCACCUCCACGCUUCCUCUGCUCGCCCCUCGAUUCAUUCAUUGGAUAGCUUUUCGGGUCCGAUUCAAGAUGUGUUACAGGAAGAAAAGCCGCUAACAAGUAGUACUAUAGAAAACAGCAGCAGCAGUUGUAGCUGUACUGAAGACGACCACUGCAUCUCAUUCGACAAAGAUGACAACGAAAUUAAAUGUAAUAUCGAUUUCAGUAGUCACCACAAAUGCAUCAAAAAGGAAAGAAGCAGCAAUAAUAAAUCAAAAUCGUUUUCUCUCUUUGGAUUAUCCAAAUGGAAAAAACCGUCAGAAGGUACAGAGAAGUCUCAAGUCAUAGAAAACUGCAGCAAGCGAAACAAGGUUAAGUUUGAUGUGACUCAAUUCCUUAAAAGGUACAUAAAUAUGGUGAAGCCACUUUUAUCUCCAAAAAGUGGUGGGCGAAGAGAUAAUGUACGAGGUCGAAGGCAAUCGUACUCAUUCUCAGGGACGGUCACUCCUCGAGAUAAUCGAGAGAUAAUAAGAGGAAGACGAGGAGAGUUUUCAGCUCCUGCAUCCAUGAGAACUUCACCUACAAACAGCGGUCUUCUUUUGGCUACUGCAGGAGUCCCAUCACCUGUAAGUGAGAGUACCAUGGAAGACUUGCAGGCUGCUAUUCAAGCUGCUAUUGCUCAUUGCAAAAAUUCUAUUUCAACUCAAGAGAAUAAAUCACAUGAAAUAUCAUCAUCAAUUCCUGUUAAUUAGAUUUUUUUCUAUCUCAAUAUAAAUCAAUUUUUUCAUCUUCUUUUUUUCCCCUUCUAUUGUACGUAUUUUAAUUCUCAUGAAUGUAAAGGGGGAUGGAGGAAGGAUUUUUUUUCUUUUUUGGUGAAAUUAUUUUUGUCCUCUUUUCUCAUUUAUAAAUCUAUGGAACAAGACUAUUAAUCUAUUAUAUCUGAA